AGAUCCUCUACAGUUAAGCACUUGUCCUGUAGGUGUAGCCCGUGUGGUUAGGCGCUCUACGGGCAACUUCUCGCGGAGUUGUUUCCAGCUCGGAGGACUACAGGCCAAAAACCAGACCGCGGAGACGAGCGAGGAGAGGUUAAGUUGGACUGAAGUAAACUUCAGCGGACAUAUGAGAGUAUUCGCGUGAGUCCAGACACAUUACCGCCGCCGACAUGUUCACGCGCGGAUCGAAGAAGCGACGCUCCAAUCGCUCGAUAGACGCUGAGGAUCCGGACCGGGGGCAGCCGUGUAUGCGCUGUGGAGAACAGUGUCCUGGCUUCCGCAUGCAUGGAUGGAGGAAGAUCUGUGUGCACUGUAAGUGUGUGCGGGAGGAGCAUGUGGUGCGCACUGUGCCCGGACAGCUGGAGAGGAUGAUGAUGAAGCUGGUGUCAGACUUCCAGAGGCACUCCAUAUCCGACGACGACUCGGGCUGCGCCUCAGAAGAAUACGCCUGGGUGCCGCCCGGGAUCAAGCCUGAACAGGUGUAUCAGUACUUCAGCUGUAUUCCAGAGGACAAGGUUCCAUACGUCAACAGUCCAGGAGAACGAUAUCGAAUUAAACAGCUUCUACACCAGCUGCCGGCCCAUGACAGUGAGCCUCAGUACUGUAACUCUCUGGAUGAAGAAGAGAAGAAAGAAUUGAGGUUAUUCAGCCAGCAGAGGAAGAGGGAGAAUCUGGGCCGUGGCAUCGUACGACUUUUUCCCGUCACCAUGACCGGAGCCAUCUGUCAACAGUGUGGCAGGCAGAUCUGCGGCGGUGACAUAGCGGUGUUUGCGUCACGAGCGGGUCACGGCUCCUGCUGGCAUCCUCAGUGCUUCCAGUGCGCUUCCUGUAACGAGCUGCUGGUGGAUCUCAUUUACUUCUAUCAGGACGGACACAUCUACUGCGGCCGGCACCACGCCGAGCACAUCAAACCCCGCUGCCAGGCCUGCGACGAGAUCAUCUUCGCGGACGAGUGUACGGAGGCGGAGGGCCGGCACUGGCACAUGAAGCACUUCUGCUGUUUCGAGUGUGAGACGGCGCUGGGCGGCCAGCGCUACAUCAUGAGAGAGAGCCGGCCGUACUGCUGCCACUGCUAUGAGUCUCUGUACGCUGAAUACUGCGACACCUGCGGAGAACAUAUCGGUAUAGACCAGGGUCAGAUGACGUACGAGGGCCAGCACUGGCACGCAUCCGAGGCGUGUUUCUGCUGCGCCUGCUGUCGGCUCCCUCUGCUGGGCAGACCCUUCCUGCCUCGCGGCGGACUCAUCUUCUGCUCCCGCUCCUGCUCGCUCGGGGAGGACCCAGACAACUCCGACUCCUGCGAUUCUGCCCUGCAGAGCAAACCAGUGUCACACAAGAGCAUUCAAAACCAGCCGCGCACUUCCACACCACAGCCACAAGGGGGAACCAACGUCAGAGCAGCUAGCACAACAGCAGCCAACGAGGGUCAUUUUACACUGGACAGCAAAGGUGUUCACACCUCUUUCCAUCCUAUACCGAAUGGCCAACCUCCGCUGUAUGAACACACACACACACAACACUCACAACUCUGUCCAGCAGCCAAUGACAGGACAGCAAUCGUUUGCAAGGACCAAUCGGGCAUCAGCACACAGCAAGUGGAUCACCGGCCAGACAGUCUGGAGUUUACAGUGGAGCUGAAUGGAUAUGCAGAAUUUGGCCCUUUCCCCACGAGCUGCACGUCUAGAGGGACUUCCACUGCAAAGGAUUGUGGGAACGUCAGUUGUACAGGAAUUUCCUCUCAACUGGAGUCUUCAGAUGCGUUUGACGAUCUAAAUGACUCCGACUCCUUCCCGCCUCCUCCGCCCCCUGUUUUCUUCGAUCCGUCUGAUUCGCCGACCCCUUCGGAUUCCGCGGCCGCUGUCACUGAAGCCGAGGACGUCCCUGCGGCACCAGUCCGCAGCAGCACCGCCAGGGUCAGCUUCAGAGAGCCAAUCAGCUGCAGUUAUUCAGUGGAAGAGGAAGAGUGGGAGGAAGAGGAACGGGUGGAGACGGAGAGAAGAGAGGGAGAGGAUGAGGAGCAGGAGGAAGAUGGAGAGGAAGUUGAAGGAAGUUUGGGACACAGGUUGCGCUUCUGCACUGAAGUGCCAUCUCAAAUGGACCUGCUGGAUGGGUCGUACCAGCGCAGUUUCCGCCGGGGAAGCGGUGGCCACCAUCCCACGGAGAAGCGGCUCAGACGCUCCCGAGGUUCACGAAGCGACAGACCUCGUCUGGAAACCCUGGAAUGCAGGGUAGGAGACCGCAGGCGAUCCAACAGCGUCCUGGACAGCAGCAGGAACGGCAGCCUUACCCUGCACUCCACCCGCUACCGGCACGAAGACUCCUGCUCCACCUGCUCCUCUUCCUCAGACUCUGGGGAGGAAGGCUUCUUUCUGGGCCAGCGCAUUCCUCUGCCGCCACAGCUGACGGGUGAAGAGAGAGCAGCAGAAGCACAGCCAGAGGACGAGGACAAGAGCCGAAGAGGAAGCUUCAGGAGAAGAAGGACACAGAGUCUCAGUACAAAAGACAAAGACAAGGACAAGGACAAGAGCUGCAUACUGUCCUGAGACCAAGACGUGUGUGUUAAAAACUAAAGAAUGCGGUCAAGACUCUCUGAACCAGCAAGCUGCUCAGUCAAGAUCAAAGUUGAUGAGUGACAUUUUGUGUGAUAAAAAUAGAAACUCUUUUACAUUCUAUGCAUCUGUGUAACAGUAUUUUUAUAGAGGUGAUGAUAUAUUAUCCAAUAUCAGUUUCAGUAUCAGGGUGCUCAGUCAAAUUUACUGGCAUUAUAAUUCAGGCCGAGGAACAUUUCUAAUUCAAAUUUUGUUUGUUACGGGAAAAGUUAUUGUGCCGAAUAUUUGUGUUUCACACAAUAAAUUCACUCCAAUUUUGGCAUGCUGUUCCGUAUGGAAGCUUGUUUCCACCACUGAAGAAAAAAUACAUAAAAAUAGUAAUCGCAACUUUUUUCUCACAAUUCUGACUUUUUAUCUCGCAAUUGCGAGUUUGCGUUUUUGCAAUUUACAUUUACAUUUAUGCAUUUAGCAGAGCUUUUAUCCAAAGCGACUUACAUUGCAUUCAAGUUACAGUUUUUUUUUACAUUUUUAUCAGCUCUUGCUUUCCCUGGGAAUCGAACCCAAGAUCCUGGCGUUUCUAGCGCCAUGCGCUACUAUUUGAGCUAAAGGAAAGCUCAAAUAGUGACAAAAGCAAUUGUGACUACUUUCUCAGAAUUACGAGAGAUAAACUCGCAAUUGCAAGUUAUAAAGUCAAAAUUACAUGAUACAAAGUCAUAGUUGCGUGUUAAGUCAGAAUUGAGAGAAAAAAGUCGCAAUUACCAUUUUUUUGGAAAAAAGUCAUUUGUGCAAUAUAAACUUGCAAUUGUGGAAAAAGUCAGUAUUGUGAGUUUAUAUCCUGCAAUUCUGACUUUAUAACGACUUAUCUCGCAAUUCUGAGAAAAAAGGCAGAAUUGUGCGAUAAAGUCACAAUUACCUGUUUUCAAUUUUUUAUUCAGUGGUGGAAACAGGCUUUCAUAGGUUAGAACAAUACGUCAGAUGGAUGUAUGGAAAUGCAAUUUCACUCCUAGUACGUGGCGCUUACAAGUAAGCAGAAUUACGAAUUAAGUUUUCUAACAGCAGUUCAGAUUUUUGUAUUUAUAUUGUUUAUCAAACAACACCAAACACACAGACAAGAAAGCCGCUUCUGGAUUCUUCCUCCGUUAUUCACUGUUGCUUAGAAAAAGCUGCUUAGUAUAUUCGUGAGCGCCACCAAAUUUUAGCUUCAUGUAACAGCAGCGACUUUGGGCAUGUGACAAAAACGUUUGAAUGCAUAUAAGGAAUAUAAGCAUAUAAGCGGCGCAGUAUGCAUCAUGUUUCAUGAAUGCAACACUAAAUGUUUGCAACAGUAACGUGACACUGUUGUCAUAUGCCUUCAUAAAAAUAGUCAUCUUAUGUUUUUAAAUCUAAUUGUGUGUUAAAAUAUCUUUGGCGGUCAAAUAAUGAAAUAAGGCAUUAAAAAUCACAGAUGUGCAAUUCCAUGGAAAGUGUGUGGUCAAAUCAAGCACAUUGCAUUGUGGGAUGGAUUACCCAGUGUUUGCCCUACUAAAUAAUGCACGUUUUGUCAAAUUUAGACAAAUGUAUGACAAAUAUCCCAUGCCUAAGGAAAACAUUAAUUGUAUUAACAGUAUACAGUUGAAAAGUAUACAAAACCAGUUAAAAAUCAUAGAAAUGAGAUGUUAUAUUCAGUGUUGGGGAAAGUUACUUUUAAAAGUAAUGUAUUACAAUAUUGCAUUACUCCUUUAAAAAAGUAACUAAUUGCAUCACUUUUUCUCAUCUGGCCUGGGUUUGCUUGUUUGUUUUUAAUAUACAAAAGUUAUAUUUUUGGCAAAUGUAAAAGCCCUUUCACACCAAAAGUGAAAUGAAUAAGCCUCAGGCUGAAGAAAAUAAUUUAAUUAUUGCAGGUUUGUCAUAUUCUGAGUUUGUAUUUAACUGUGUUUAUGUGUUUUUGAGGAACACAUUUAGUUUAGAACUACAGUAACGUCACAUUCACACAGCGCAGACAACACCUCCGCACUUACUCCUGAUUUCAAUCAACAUGCAACAUGGGAAAACAAUAUUUAUUUGAAAAAAGUAACUAGAAUAUGUUCAUGUAAAUUAAAAAGUAAUGCAUUACUUUAGUAGUUAUUUGAAAAAAGAAAUCGGAUUACAUAACUCGCGUUACCUCCAACUCUGGUUAUAUUUCGAAAAUGUGUAGUCCCUUAAGUUCCACAUCUGCUAAAGCCGUAGUACAAGUUAAAAAGUGCUAAAUCCAAAACAAACUACUUUAACAAGUGAAUAGUUGUUGCUUGUUUGACUGGUUUUGAGAGAGCUGUGUAAUUUGCACUUGCUUAAGGUUUAACUAAAUGUGAAACUUAUUGAAAUGCAAACACAAUGUUGUGGAGUUAUUGUAUUUGAGCAUGUACUAGAAACGCAAGUCAACAAACUGUAUAGCAAAAAGUCUACUACAGGUCAUAUCAGAACAGAAUGUGGGAAAAUAUAGUCUUUAUCUCCUCGUCAACUGUAUUAUAUGUAAAUAUUGGCAUUUCAAACCUCUCUGUGUGUAAAUGAGAGUUUAAAUAAAGACACGUGACUUUCA